AUGUAUCCUGAUUUGGUCACCUGUUUACAUGAUGAGAUGGUGGUUGCAACCUUCAAAGUACCUCCUAGUGAGUGUUGUGGGAAUAAGAAAAUGGAAAGAAAGCCUUCUGCUAGAAGACGUGUAUUUGUUCAGACUGAUACUGGUUGUGUUUUGGGAAUGGAAUUAGAUAGAAGGGACAAUGCUCAUACUGUGAAAAGGAAAUUACAAGUUGCAUUCAAUGUCCCAACUCAGGAGAGCUCACUUAUAUGCGGGGACAUGGUCUUAAAGAAUGACCUAAGUGUUGUUCGAAAUGAUUCUCCACUUCUUCUCACUAAGACUUUUUUACAUAGGAGUUCAUCUACCCCAUGCCUUUCACCUACUGGCAGGGAUCUUCAUCAGAGGGAUCAGGGUGGACCAAUUGAGGUUAUAGGUUGCUCAGAUAUGUUUGCAGGAACGAAACAACUGGUUAAGGAUAUUAUGAUGGCAAUAAAAGUUGGUGUUGAACCAAUCCCCAUUCAGGGUGGAUUAGGAGGUGCAUAUUAUUUUCGGAAUACUGACCGUGAAAAUGUUGCUAUUGUGAAACCAACUGACGAGGAACCUUAUGCACCAAACAACCCUAAAGGUUUUGUUGGCAAAACUCUUGGACAACCAGGACUAAAACGUUCAGUGAGGGUUGGGGAGACAGGUUUCAGAGAAGUUGCAGCUUACCUUCUCGACCAUGAUCAUUUUGCCAAUGUGCCCUCUACUGCCCUUGUGAAGGUCACACAUUCCAUUUUUAAUGUAAAUGACAGGGUCAAUGGUAGUAUGCAUCAUAACAAGAAACAAAUAAGCAAGAUUGCAUCACUGCAGCAGUUCAUUCCUCAUGAUUUUGAUGCAAGUGAUCAUGGAACUUCUAGUUUCCCUGUUGCUGCUGUUCAUAGGAUUGGGAUUUUGGAUGUGCGAAUUUUAAACACCGACAGACACGCAGGAAAUCUUCUGGUCAGGAAGCUUGAAGGGUUUGGAAGGUUUGAUCAGGUCGAGCUUUUUCCCAUUGAUCAUGGUCUUUGUCUCCCUGAAAGUUUGGAGGAUCCUUAUUUUGAGUGGAUCCAUUGGCCUCAGGCAUCAAUUCCUUUCUCAGAUGAUGAGCUCGACUAUAUAUAUAAUCUUGACCCAUUUCGUGAUUCAGAUAUGCUUAGAAUGGAACUGCCCAUGAUUCGAGAAGCAUGCUUGCGGGUUUUAAUUCUCUGCACAAUCUUCCUCAAGGAAGCAGCAGCUUUUGGACUUUGUCUAGCAGAGAUUGGUGACAUGAUGAGUAGGGAAUUUCAGGGGCACGAAGAAGAGCCUAGUGAACUUGAGCUUAUCUGUAUUGAAGCAAAGCAACUGUUAGAUCAGGAAGAAUUAUCUUCUUUUGGAUCAGAAGUAGUAGACAAGGAUGUAAUUCAGUUUGAGUUAGAUGGUGAGGAUCAGGAUUUGAAUUUCACUACAAACGUAGAAGAGAAACUGCCUGUAAUGCCACCUUUUCAAGUUGGAGCAAAAAAUGGAAUCGUUAGAAACACACUUUCUAAACUGGAGGAGAGUGUGAUGGAGGAGGACGAGGCUGGGAGCGAAGGGGAGUUACCCGCCUUAGGUGGUGAUGAAUACAAUGGUUCUGUGGGAAACAGGGUGCCUAAUGUUUCAAAGCUGUCUGUGUCUGUGAAAAACACGAGGAAUGGUGAAAAAGGUUGGAAGCAAUCAGGUGUAAAGCAAAAUAAUGGUUUUUUGGCUGGGACCUCGUCUGGAAACACAACUGUGAAUGAGUUGCCUGCAAGCUCAAGUUUCGUGAAGUUUACAGAUAUGGAUGAAGACAAGUGGAAUCAGUUUCUCGAGAAUUUCCAGAGGCUGCUGAUCCCAGCUUUUAUUAAUUGCAAACGAGGAAAUGUGAGCAAGAAGCAGAGACAGAGACUUGGAACUUCAUGCCAAUUUUAG